CAUACUUUUGCAACUGGACAGGACUUUAGACUAAAGAAUUCUUCUAGUUUCUAGAGAGAGAGAGAGUCAGGCAGAGAGAGAGAGAGCAGCCGCCUGCGUGAAUAAAAGGGGAUUGUGUACGCUACUUAGUUUGCCACGCAUAUAAUUUAAACAUAUAUAUUCACUACAGCCACAACACUAUCUUGAAUGUUUCUCUAGCUAGCUGCUCUUCUUUUUCUUCUAAGGAGUUCAUCUUAUCAUAUAUCUUUGGAUUAUAUAUCUCAUUCAGCCUAAAAUUCAUGGAUGCUCAUCGACAAGAUAUGUCUUAUAAAGCAAAGGUGGAAAAUUUGGUAUCAGAAUUGGAUCGCUUAGGAAAAGAGAAUGAUACUCUUAAAUUCAUGCUAGAAGUUAUGAAAGGUCAAUGCAAAAUCCUACAAGCCCGCCUCCAGAAAAAGAAUGAAUUACUUAAGAGUAGCUCCUUAAACGAAAAUGGAUCGAUUAUCGGCUCAAACAAGAGGAUGAGGACUGAAUUUCCACUCUCUACGCCAUCCCGAGUUUUCGUAAGAACAGACUCAAGUGACAAGAGCUUAAUAGUGAAAGAUGGGUUCCAAUGGAGAAAAUAUGGGCAGAAGGUUACUAAAGAUAAUCCAUCACCUCGAGCUUAUUUCAGAUGUUCAAUGGCUCCUGGGUGCACAGUCAAAAAGAAGGUGCAAAAAUGCAUGGAUGACGAGUCUGUUCUGGUUGUGACUUAUGAAGGAGAACACAACCAUGGACCUAAUAGCACUGCAGCUGGAACUUCGACAUCUUUAAUUGAUAGCUCGAUCAAAGGCUCCGUGACUGAUUCCCCUCGUCCGGUUACAGUUGGUAGCACCUCUCUUCGGCCAACCGUUAACCUUGAUCUUACUCUUUCCAGGGAAAACAAAGAUACUACAACGCCGUCUCAGAAUGUAACACAAGACCAUUUCAAGAAUAACAAAAACAACAACAGCAACCGCACAAGAAUUGGACAAUAUGUUACAUCAUUGACUAAAGACCCUAAUUUCACUGCAGCAAUAGCUGCAGCCGUUGCUCGCUCCUUUACUGAAGCUUAAACCGCCGAACCAGACAUAUGAAUUCUUAUUUUUGUCUACGGAGGGCAGAUCUGUUAGGAUUCGAGUUUGAGUUGAUUAAAUGUAUAUUGGAAAAAUUAUUUAGAAAAGUUGAUAUCAAGUGUGAUGGUAAGAAGUUAUUCAUGUCAAUCUAGUUCUCGUUUAAGAAAUCGAAUUGUGUUAGUUUUCUUCUUCGUUUUUUAGUUAAACUUUCAAGGAUUGG